AUGAAUCAGCAGUGCAAGGUUUGCGGGGAGCCGGCGGCUGGUUUUCACUUCGGUGCUUUCACAUGUGAAGGAUGUAAGGCUUUAAAAUAUAUUGUAGAGUUAUCUAACAUUUCUCGUAACAGAAGUAAAUCAAGUCACGUAUACGCACAAUUAGAGGGUCGUAUCUGCAACAUAACAUCCGCGCCCAUAACGAAGAAGGACUUAUCUGAAAUUUCUAAUCUAGUGACUCAUUCGCGAAUACAGUUCACUUGUUUGCUGGACACGUCGUUCUUCGGGCGAACGUACAACAACCUCUCCUCGAUUUCUGAAUGCAAGAACAAUGGUGAAUGUGUCAUCAAUAAGAAAAACAGGACGGCUUGCAAGGCAUGCAGGUUGCGGAAAUGUUUGCUAGUCGGCAUGUCCAAAUCAGGAUCACGUUACGGGCGAAGAUCGAACUGGUUUAAGAUCCACUGCCUUUUACAAGAGCAGCAGCAACAACACAUGCAACAAUUACAGACAAGUAAAUCACAAACCACAUUAAAUACUUCCAUCAGCCCAUCUUUCUUGCCAACAAAUCUUUUGCCGGCCGCCGCUCUUGCGGAAUAUUAUAAGAGUACAGAAAAGAAUGUUUUCACCGAUGAAGUGACGCGGCAGAGCGUUUCGCCUUCCGAUUCUGGUGCUUCUUCAGCUGACCCAGAGGAUGAUAAUAGUUCCAGGAGUACCAGCGGUUUGAGUAUUUUCAGACCCGCCUCAUCACCUAGCAGUGAAAAAGACACUCGGAUACAGGCAAUCAGAAAUCAAAAUAAAGAUGUGAGAAGAAAAAAGCCAUCAACGUUGCCACCUUCGCCAUUUGGUGCCAUGGGCGCUGCGUCUGGUUUUUCGUUUUCACGGAGCGCCCCAUAUCUACCAACUCCAAUGACAAAUAUGAGAUCAGUGCCAUCAGGAAUAGCUUGGCAAAAUCGUAGUGGUGGGGAUUUGUUACUCCAAUCCCCGGCGAUUGCCGGCGUUGCCAUCGAACAAGACCAACCCAUAGAUCUGUCUAUUAAAUCUACAGCAGUCAUAUUUAGAAAUUCAAAAACCGAAGUGAGUGAUUCUGAACCCGAGUUGAGUAUCGAUCUGAAUGACGAUAACGGUAAAGACAUCAUGAAGAAUCCCCUCGAUUUGAGUCUUGUAUCAAAACGAGCCGAGGAAGUUCCGAUGACUGGCUAG